GUGGUGUUUACCGUGCGUGAGGUGAGGGCUGUUGAGGAGUGGGGAGAGGUGCCACUCCCCUCGGCGGGGCUGCUCAGGCCUGGGAGCUGUCACCGCCAUGGGGCUCCGCCGGAAAAACAAGGGCCCGGCGGUGCUAAGCCACGAGUUCGUCAUUCAGAACCAUGCGGACACCGCGUCCUGCCUGGUGAUGGGCCUCCUGCUGGGGCUCGUGUUCGAGGUCCCAGCCAAGUAUGCCAUCAUCUUUAUUGCUGUGCAGUACAAUGUCACCUAUACCAUUGAUGACAACAGUGAGCAAUUUCAUUUUUAUGACUAUGGUCCAAAAGACAUUGCCACAAUCUUCUUCUACAUGCUCGUAGCUAUUAAUCUGCAUGCUGUCAUCCAGGAGUACAUAUUAGAUAAAAUUAAUAGACGUCUGCAUUUGUCAAAAACAAAGCACAGCAAAUUCAAUGAAUCGGGACAGCUAGCAUUUUUCUACUUGUUUUCAUUUUUAUGGGGAGCAAGUAUUUUGAAUACAGAAGAAUUUAUGAUGAACCCAACCACACUCUGGAAGGAUUAUCCCCAUUCUCGUAUGAUUUUUCAGGUAAAAUUCUUCUAUAUUUGCCAGAUAGCCUAUUGGCUUCAUGCACUGCCGGAGCUAUACUUCCAAAAGAUCCGAAAGGAAGAUAUUCCAAGGCAGCUAUGUUAUAUUUGCCUUUACAUUGCUCAUAUCUCUGGUGCCUAUAUAUUAAAUUUGCAGCAUUUGGGGCUAAUUCUGAUGGUACCUCACUAUUUAGUGGAACUCAUUUUUCAUGCCUCACGUCUCUUCUACUUCAGUGAUGAAAACAAGCAAAAAGGAUUUACCAUUUGGGCUUUACUUUUCAUAAUGGUGCGUCUUUUGACCCUAACUUUAUCUGUCCUCACAUUUGGAUUUGGUCUGGCAAGAGUAGAGAAUCCAGGUUUUUCCAUAGCGGAUGGAAACUUCAAUGUACUCCCUGUGAGGAUUGGCUGCCUGGGUGCUGUUUGUCUAACACAGGCCUGGAUGAUGUGGAAAUUCAUAAAUUUUCAGCUGAAGAAAUGGAGAGAGCAUGUUAAGAACCAGAUUCCAAAGAAAAAAAUAACUAACACAAAGAACAAACGAAUAAAAAAGGAACCAAACAGAGCUAACUUUGUCAAUGGAGCAGCAAAAUUAGAAGGUGGAGCAUCGCCAAGAAUAAGAAAAUCAAAACCAGUAUGAGAAUACAAGCUAGUAUCAGAAGACAACAUUUGACAGAAGACUGUGACUUAAAAAAUUGGCACUGCAGAGCUAUUAUUUGGAUCUUAUUUUUUCAAUGAACACUAUCAGGUUAUAUUUUUAAAAUAUUUUUGUUAAUAACCUUAUAUUUAUGACAAGAUCAUCUUUGAUCUACCUUAACCCAGUAGUCACCUCCAAAUUUCACUUAGCUUUAACAAUGAAAACAGAUGAACUUCUAGUUCUGUGAUCAGAAGUUAUUACAUAUCUGUAAUAUUUGCAUUACAGACACUUCAGAAGACUGUCUAAAUCUAAGUUAUCUGUCUAUUCAUUUGUUUUUACAAAAUCAAAAUUCUGUACCAAAAAGAUCUUACCAUGUCUGUCUGUUUCCCCUUCUCUUCCCUCCCCAAGAACUUUUUCUUUAUGUGUCUUACAUGGAGUAAGAGGUAUAUCUGAAGUAGCCUGGUAAAAAAGCAAAAAUGUUCUAUACCUGAUUUCUCUUUAAAAACUACAGCUUUAGAGAGGGCAAAUUCUGACAGGAUAUCACUAAUCUUCUUUCAGUAUAAAGGUGAGACUAAUGUUUAGUAAAGAUGCAAAUUGUGUGCCUUAGGAAAAAUGCUAAACUGCCUGUUGGAUUUUGCAGUGCCUUGUA